UUGUCUUUAUUUUUGUCAUUGUGUUGUUGUUGCUGUUGAUAAAACGCGUGUUGAUAUUUUUGGGUGUGCCAGGCUUCGCUCUUUCUCCAACCUCCGCCUAACAUGAAGUCCGCAAUCCAAUUGCCGCUGAAGGAUGAAAAGGAAAUUAUUGAUAAAGCAAAAGACUGGGCUGUCAUGCACGGUGUUGGUAUGAGAUCUAGACAGAACUUUGAUGAGGACUCUAUUGUGUUUGCGCCAUUCACCCUUUUGCCGUCUUUGAUUAAAAAAGAGAAUUUUCAAGAAGUCGUCAUGACGCAAAGAGUGAUGAGUGAGCUGAUGCAUCGUGUCGCUCACGACCAUGAUUUCUUGGAGAGUUCCUUGAGAAAGACAGUCGAAUAUGACAGCUUUACAAAAAAACUUUUUGAACUGUAUACUACCGUUUACAAUGAAGGCUUUGGACAGGUCUUGAGUCUAGGAAUCUUCAGGUCCGAUUAUCUCUUUGACGAAAGUGCAAAUAGAAUGAAACAAGUUGAAUUCAAUACAAUUGCAUCAAGUUUUGCCAGCCUCAGCUCACAGGUUGCCAAACUACACAGGUAUGUGUUACGAGAAAUAGGCAGAGAUGCACUCACUGAAAAGUUACCAGAUAAUCCUGCAUUGGAAGGGGUGUGUGCUGGUAUUGUUCAUGCUUGGGAUAUUUACAAUAAGAAAACGGCUGUUGUCAUGUUCUUAGUUGAAGAGACUACUUACAAUAUUUGUGAUCAGAGGUUCAUGGAGUUUGAAAUUAGAAGACAGCAGCCACUGAUAAGAGUUAUAAGGCGGAAAUUCUCUGAAUUGUCCACAGCCAAACUAGGGCCAAAAAAACAACUUUUUCUAAAAGAUGACUUGGAAGUGGCAGUUGUUUAUAUGAGGACUGGUUAUUCCCCUAAUCAAUACAGGGAUGAAGGCGACUGGGAAACGCGCCUUUUGAUUGAACGUUCCAGUGCAAUUAAAUGCCCAAGCGUCCAGUAUCAAUUAGCUGGUACUAAAAAAGUACAGCAAGUAUUGGCGACUCCCGGAACUGUUGAACGUUUCAUCACAAAUGCUGAGGAUGUUAAAAACAUAAGAAAUCUCUUUACUGAAAUUUAUUCCCUUGACCUGGAUGCUGGUGGAGAUUUGGCGUACAAUCUCGCUUUAAAAAACCCCGAAGAUUUUGUUUUAAAGCCUCAAAGAGAAGGAGGUGGAAAUAACACGUACGGAUCAGACAUACCAAACUUGUUAAACAGCAUGACACCAGAAGAGAGACAGUCGAUGAUCCUGAUGAAGCUUAUUAAGCCCGUCCCAAUUAAGAAUAUGAUCAUCCAAAGGGGUCAGCCUUGCGCAGUCUCUGAUGUUAUAUCAGAACUCGGAAUCUUUUCAUAUGUCAUUGGGUCUGCGUCAGAUAUAGUUGCAGUAAAACCAGCUGGCCACAUGCUGAGGACUAAAUUAGCUACAUCUACUGAAGGUGGAGUGGCAUCUGGUUAUGGUGCUUUGGACUCACCAUUUUUAGUUUGAAUGCCUUAGAAAUAUUUGUAUAUUUAUAAUAUUGUUACAAUAAAUUGCUUUUAAAUAUGA